GGAGAGCUAUCACCACCAGGCCUGUGCUUUCGUGCAUAUUGGAGCUAGCUGUCCCGGCCACCCUUAAACCCCCCUUCACUGCUGAUCCGCCCGGCCUCACCUCUUUAUCUCGCCUGAGACUCACCACUCGCUUCGUCUUCGCCUUCUUCAGACCCACUUCUUCACUAAACUACCUGUCGCUUUCCAAGCACGUCCCGGCCCGCCAAGCCUAGCUUUUCUCUCACAAUGCAUUACUUCUCCAUCUUCCUUCAGCUGGCGACCGUCGCCAGCGCCAUCAACACCAACAUCGACCCGGACUCUGUCUCUAUCUCGGACAGGAACCAGUGGUGCACCUCCCAGAAGUCUGCGUGCCCGCUCAUCUGUCUGCAAACCGCGAACAACACGGACUCUACUGAGGAAAACGACUGUGACCCGGACACCCUUCAGUUCUCUUGCGUCUGCUCCAAUGGCCUCUCUCCGAACGUCUCUGAGUACAGCGAGACGAUCCCUUACUUUGAGUGCACCGAGUACAACAACCAGUGCGUGAGCAACUGCGGCUCCAACAACCAGUGCUCCUACAACUGCCGUGCGAACAACCCUUGCGGCGCUCAGAACCCGAAGCGCGUCAACGCGACUACAUCCGCAUCUGCCACGGCUGCCGCAACCUCUUCUGCGGAAACUCAAGGAUAUGGCGGAUUCGGCGAUGACGACUCCAAGAAGAACGGUGCGAGUUCGUUGGUCGUCAGCCUGGGCGCCAACUACGGUCUUGCAGCUGUCGUCGGCGGCCUCUUCGCUGGCGCUGCUGUCUUGCUGUGAGCAUUGAGGCGGAAAUCAAUGCCCGUUAUCACAUUCUUUUCCGAUCUUUGCAUCAUUCCUGGGUCUUCCGUACUAGCAAGCAAGGCGUUCCUGGACUUUGGCAUCACAAUCCUUUCUGUCAGUUUACGGCGACUUCGUGCGCCUUUAUGCAAGCAGAAAAGGGUUUCUGCUUUCUCUCUCUUUUCUACCACGAUUCCAAUGGCUCUUCGGUCAAGUACGUCGCCCGCCUCAUACUAGGUAUGAACUGGGCUUAAUAUUGGUUGGGCGUAAAAAAAGGGUGGCUACGACUUUCUUCUAAUCCAAAAUCAGUCAGGUUCUGGGCGGAAUGUCAAACUACAUUUUCUUCCCUCCAAUUGCUGUCCUUAGCUGUCGAUAUCGGAAUGAAUAGACACAAGCAGAUGCGAUUCUCAUGACAAACAUGGCUUGCCGAGGUU